AUGAUGUUAGGUGCUGUGAAAAUGGAAGGGCAUGAAACUAGCGACUGGAGCAGCUACUACACCGACAAUCAGGAGGCCUAUUCCUCUGUUCCCGUCAGCAACAUGAACUCCGGACUGGGAUCCAUGAACACCAUGAACACCUACAUGACCAUGAACACUAUGACUACCAGUGGCAACAUGACAUCCAGUUCCUUUAACAUGUCCUACGCUAACACAGGGCUUGGGGCAGGACUGAGCCCAGGCGCCAUGGCAGGCAUGUCUGCUGGCUCCACAAGCGCCAUGAACAGCAUGACUGCCGGGGUGACGGCCAUGGGGACAGCGCUUAGCCCGACCAGUAUGAAUGCCAUGUCGGCUCAGCAAGCUUCAAUGAACGGCCUGAGCCCUUAUGCCAGCAUGAACCCAUGCAUGAGUCCCAUGGCGUACGCUCAGUCCAACCUCACCAGGACCAGAGACACCAAGACCUUUAAGCGAAGCUACCCCCAUGCCAAACCCCCCUAUUCCUACAUAUCUCUGAUUACAAUGGCUAUCCAGCAGGCUCCCAGCAAGAUGCUGACGCUGAGCGAAAUCUACCAGUGGAUCAUGGAUCUGUUCCCCUACUACCGGCAGAACCAGCAGCGGUGGCAGAAUUCCAUCCGGCAUUCCCUCUCCUUCAACGACUGCUUCGUCAAAGUGGCCCGCUCGCCCGACAAACCCGGCAAAGGAUCCUACUGGACCCUGCACCCCGAUUCAGGCAACAUGUUUGAAAACGGCUGCUACCUUCGCCGGCAGAAGCGCUUCAAAUGCGAAAAGCAGGCGAACGGCAAAGCCAGUCAGGAGGGCAGGAAAGACCACUCCGGCGCCUCCAAUUCCAGCUCCAAUUCCCCUUUACACAGAGGUCACAAUAAACCCGCCCAGCUGGAAACCGCAACCCCCGUUUCCAAUCCCAACCCUUCCACCAGCCCCCCGUCUAUGGACCACAAUGGAGCAAGUACUGAGCUUAAGACCUCGGCUUCCGCGGCGUCCUCUACCAUUAGCUCAGUCCCAGCCUUGGCGCCUAUCCCUCACCCGCCGCACUCCCUAGCCCAUGAGUCCCAGCUCCACAUGAAAGGCGAUCCCCAUUAUUCCUUCAACCACCCCUUUUCUAUCAACAACCUCAUGUCCUCCUCGGAACAGCAGCACAAGCUGGACUUUAAAGCCUACGAGCAGGCUCUGCAAUAUUCUUCUUACGGGGCGGGCAUCCCAGGCGGGCUGCCCCUGAGCAGCGCCUCCAUGGCCGGUAGGAGUAGUAUUGAGCCCUCGGCACUGGAGCCUUCCUACUAUCAAGGUGUGUAUUCCAGACCUGUGCUAAACACGUCUUAG